AACUCCGCCAUGUCUUCCACUGGUUCCGGCAACCAGACUUCAGGUGGCCGCCGCCCAGCUAAGGCACCUGCCGCUCCCAACACACAGGGCGCAGCUAAGGCCACUACCACUUCCAAUGCACAGGGCACACGGAGGCAGCUGCCUGCCAGAGCAACGUCCACUCCCGCUAACGCCUCCACCGCACCGAGGGUUCGCAACGGGCCUGCCGCCGAGGGUGGUGCAGAAUCGACCAGCGGCCCGUCCAUUCCCUUCAAGGAAAGUGAUGUCGCCCACAAGGAGCACCACCAGACUUACCGAAAGCUCGUCAACCUCGUCAAGAACCGCAAAGCAGAGGAUAAACCUCGCAUUUUUGUUUUCACAGAUAUCGAGCAGGACUACGAUGACCUAUUGGCUAUCAUCUUCCUCGCCGAAAUGCACCGCAUGGGUGCUAUCGAGCUUGUCGGCUUCGUCGCCAACCAUGAGCCUGCCUACCAGCGUGCCAGAUUCCUGCGCACUAUCCUCCGCCUGGUUGGUCUGGAGCAUCUUCCCGUCGGGGUGGGUAGUGUUGGCACCGAUAACUUGAGCCAACACUCUGGGGUCUUCUUCUACAGUCUCAAGAACAUUACUUUUGACAGAGCACCGUGGAAUCCCCCCAAUCUCGAGCUUCCCGACGCGAAAACGGUGAUCACCAACGUUCUUAGAUCCAAAUCCAACGUUACAGCUCUCAUGAUUUCGUCCCUUCAGGACAUUGGAGAGUUUUUUGACAGGAAAGACAAGACAGCGGACUUUAUGAAGUAUAAUUUCACCAAGUUUAUCUCCCAGGGAGGCUACGAGGUCGAGGCCACGGAGCAGGCGGCUCAGAGCGGCAAAAGUAGCAAGCCCAAAGUCAAGGUGACUUUGAAGCCGGUGAAAGACAUGGCAAACAACAAGUUCAACCUCAAGCAGGCCGCCAACUACACCAACCACCUGGCGGCCCACAAGCUCACGUCCGACACCUGGUCCCGAGAGGCGGCCAAAGCCGCCAGGCUUCCGGGUACCUUCAUGAAGGAAAUGUUCCAGUACGGGCCCAUCGGCGCCCACCUCGAGUGGCUGUGGAUGCGGCAGGAGUUCAAGUUCUACUGGGACCCCUUCAACUGGCCCUUCAUGGACUUCCUCAACGUCGACUGGUACCUGAACACGCGGCUCGGGCUGGACAAGACAUCGGCGGACUUCAACGAGCUCCGGAAGACGGAGAUGCCGUUCAGCGACGCCGCCCCGCGGAUCAAGGUCAUCGCCUACGACGGUUGCGCGGCCGUCGGCGCCGUCGGCGACGACUUCAUGCGCGCCAUGGGCGUCCUCGACCCCGAGAGCAAGCUGCCGGCCUACAACCGGCCCGACGUCGCCGGCCACCCCCACCGCGUCUUCGGCAAGAAGGCCGACGACCUGGGCGGGAUCAACGCCCGGCGCCUCGCCCAGGUCAUGAAGACCUUCCUGCUCGGCGGCAUGAUCGCCACGGCGGGCAGGGCCGAGAGCCUGAUACCGCGCGCGAGCAUCAAGCACGACCACGAAGAGUCCGGCAUCAACCUUGACGGGUUUAGGGCGAGGAUUACGCUGCGGAACCUCAGGAUCAAGCUUGACGAGGACAUCAAGCGGGCCGAGGAGGCCAAGGCGGCGGGGAAGGAUAAGGAGUACAGGCGCGAUCUGGGCACGAUCGAUAAGCGGAGGUCGACCAUCGCCGUGUAUGAGGAAAGGAUCAAAAGGGAGGAGCGUGUCACUCGGAUCUCUGAGCCAGUGCGCGCGUCGAUUCCUUACGAGCAGCUGUACCAGCAGGCGAUGGGUCAGACGAGGAAGUGAAUGGUGACGGGGAGUUUGCUCAGUCGCGUGGUGUGGACUACUAGGUAGUUACCUAGAUUGCAUAUGGGAGAGGAGUUGGGUCUGACUUUUAUAGCCUUCGCAAAUGAAUCUUCAUCUUCCCCUUA